UUCAUUCAUUCUUUUACUUGAGAUUUGACGUUUCAAUUUUAUUCAUUCACCUUAUUUCGGUCAAUCAACGUGGUGUUUUGGUUGUUCGUUAAUAUUUUUUGCUUGUGCUAUUUAAGUUUAUAAAGAUGUUAUUUAGCAACAUUACUAUUGAACAAAUUAUGGCAUCUUCCCCCCUUUGUUUGAAAUCUAGUGAAUCCCAAAGGGUCUCUUGAGACAUUCUCACUAGUUAAAUCUAGUUUAAGUUUUUUUUGUAAAUUAAUUCCCACAUUUUAUUAAAUUCAAUGUCACUUUUUAACUCCGCCAACUGAGGCAAUCUUAUCACUCCUGCUCAAGAUAAGUGUAAUAUUAUUAUUAUCAUCUUCAGUUGUAGGCAAGCCGCCACACAGUUUCAACGUUACUAGUGUUUUAUAUAUAUUUGUUUCUUUGCCAAAUUAAUUUGGUUUAUUCUCAGUACUGUUUUAUUUUUGAAAAGUUUCUAUUAUCACAAUCACAAUGGCAUCUUCAGACCCUGAAAUUAAGGAUGGAUUCACUCUACCUGCUUGGAUGAAGGCAAAACCAACCAAAGAGUACGAGCUAUUCGCCACCUCCCCGCCCUCCCCCGAGGACUCAUUCUUCUUCAUCAAAUACCCCAAGUCUGACGAGAUCUUCGGCAAGUCCACACUACAGCAGGACUUGAAGAACUUCCGAGAGGGCUCGUCGGACGCGGCGGCGGCGGCGGCGGCGGACCCCGGCCGCAAGGACUGGUCCCGACACACCAAGCCGUGCCAGGAGGUGCUGCAUGGCAUCGCAGCUGACGGGGGAUCAGCGGCGGCGCCGGUGAAGCCGCUCAAGCCGAAGGGCACCGACGACGGCUUCAAGGGCGAGGGCGCCGCGUGCGGCAACUCCGUGGUCAAGGUGGCCCACCAGAUGAUAUCCUCAUCCGGCCGCACCGCCUCCUCCCGUGGCUUCACCGUGGCGUCUCCCUCCGACGACGCGACAGACUUGGACCUAGAGGCGGCGCAGAGCUACCACCGCGCGCGCCGCGGCAGCAAGAGUCUCCCGGUCACGCCCAAACACUCGCCGCCUGGCAGCCCUAACAGUAGGAGGAAGAAGAAUGUUAACAGAUACUUCACAUCCCCGUUCGAGCAAGUAGAGGACGCGGGCGGGCGCUCCUGGCUCACACUCGCGCUGCUCGGGUACAAGAAGGACCUCGCCGCCUCCAGCUCUACCCUGGCUGAGGAAGACGCCAUCGAGGCGAGGCUGCAAGGUGCCUCCUUAGCCGAGUCAGUGGAGAACCUCGGUCCAUCACCCCGCGGCAGAGAGCCCAGGAUCCUCGAAGACCCGUCAGCAAAGCCUCCAUCCACCAACAAACCGAAACCAGGCUACAGACCCAAGCCGUCCGAACUGCGAGAAAUGAACUUUUGGUCGCCCACUUCUAUGUAAUCCUGAUUAUAGUUUUAAUUAUGGUAUCGAGAACCUUCGGGAUGUAGUUUUGUGGAUUCUAGAAUACUCACUUUCUUAUGCUGUUAUUCGUGAGAAGUUAAUUGCUGGGCUUACGAACAGCUGCACCAUGAAGGCUAAGAAUGACACGGUUAAUUAUAAUGAAACCCAUUAAAAAACACGAAAUCGAAUUAUGUGGGUAUAACUUACCGAAUCUCAGCAUAAGAAAGCCAAUCUUCACCUCUCUUAAACUUUU